AUGUACCGCGGUAAGAACUGUGAGAAUCUAGAUCCAAAUGUUGUAGCCCUGCUUACUUCAACUGGGUGUGCCUACAAGAGCGCCAUAGACUGUGAUACGAUGUGUUGGGAAUGUGCUCAGAGAGGUUCUUCGUUGUCGCUGUCGCUAUCGCUAUCUCCGUCAUCGUCACCGUCACCAACACCUUCGCCUCAGUCGGGCUCGCCAUUUUUUACUAAGCUCAGCCGCGAAAUCAGACAACAAAUAUAUCAUGAGCUAUUCGGUUUCCUCAGGAUUCAUGUCCGUUACCAUAAUCGGAAUGACCAGAGUUCACACAAAAUUAGCUGGUCCUAUGUUCUCUAUCAAGAGCACAGACCUGAACCGGACAGCUUUUCCGGCAACGAAAACAUCUACGCCCAUGUACCAGAAUCGUUGGAGUCUGGCCUACUAUAUACCUGCCAACAGGCAUACUCUGAAGGGCGUGUUGUUCUCUAUGGUUCAGCCACAUUCUUUUCUCGCUCGCCAAUCGACUGCAUUCACUUCACAAAAGACGUUCCGCGUCGGUCAUGGCCUCAGAAUCUUGACUUCGACUGUACUUUCAGACCUGAACUAGAGCCUUCAGUUCCCCUUAUUGAUCUGCUUUACUGGGUUGUGGACGACUUCCGCGCAGCCAAAGUAAAGAUCUGGUUAGCAGAUACUUACUACAGAACUGACAGAGUGGGUGAUAAAACCCAGCAGAAGACCAUUGAGGCGUUGAAACAUUUUCUGUCAUACUCGAAAAGCGAUACAACUUUUAUAUUACCAUCAUGCUUCGAGCCGGCAGUCAAGAACCUGAAAAAUGGAAGCUCCGGCAAAGUCACAUUCAAGUUUCUGGAAGAUAAUACCAGCGAGGAGAGACUUUGA